UCACUUCUACAGGAACAUAAUCUCGGAAACGCCUACGCCGGAUAACUUCCAACCCCCAUGUCCAAAGCCGUAUCCGAAUCUUAGUCCAUAUCAACAGUUUCUACUUUUACGCUUCACACACUUCACACACUUAGACCCUUCAUGCCUUCAUGCCUUGAAGCCUUGAAGCGAAAAAGCUACUGGCAUUUCAGCAUCGUCAAAUUUGCACUAGCAAAAAAAGCUUUUCAGAUUCUCCACGUCCAUGUUCAUCUCCAUGUCAAUGUCAAUGUUCAAGUGCAGUGUGAAUCGGAGAGUUACGGGAGGGGAUGGCGGAGAAGUUCUGAAGAGCAACUCGUUUUAAAAGCACAAUGCACAAUGUCGCCUUGGCCCCCGUCUCAUGUAGUAUUACUAUCGCCACUAUUCGAUUACCUUUUCUUUUUUUUUUUUUUCUCUAUUUCCCCCCCUUUCCUUAGGAGUUUACGUCAAUUAAAAAGCUCAAUUUAACUUUCACCAUACCGCAAAAAUUCUUCACCUGCUGGGCUUUUAAAAAUCUCUUGCUGCAUACGUAAUAGUUCUUCCAUGUCUCUCUUCUGCUUCAAGAUAUUUGAUUUGAAACCUAAGCCCUAAGCUUUGAAAGAGUCGAUCUUUCCCUGAUCGAUUCGCGCCAGAAAAUCAAUGUUAGAAAAAGAAAAGAGAAAAAGA